AUGAGCCAAGAUAAUGUGCCAGAUGGCCAACCAGAUAAUGGCCGGGACAAUCACAGGAUGGACAACUCUGUGAAUAGGCUAAUACCGCAAAUGUUCGAUCAGAUGAGAUCAAACCUGGGAAUGAACAGUUUUGACCAGGUCAAAGGGAAGGACUAUCAAACAGCAUCUCACAACUCGUUGGUGAAUACUCAAUCGAUGUUGAGAGAAUUGGAAACGCUUGAUAAGCUGAUACCGAUGUUCGAAUCGGUCAAUAACUCGUUGCAGAAGGCAGUGCCGUCACACCUGAGAAGAAUACAUGAAAUUUGCAAGUCGACCAACGCCAUGCUUGAUUCUUGGGUCAAUAUACAGUCGCAAGCGGGCUACGUGAAUAAGCUGAUGGACUCGGAAGAGUAUCUCAAGUACUCGGAAGCUCAACUGCGCAAGGAUGACUCAGUUACAGUGGAGACAGUUAUUUCUGAGAAGAUGAGGGAGAUAGAGGCAUUGAAGCAGCAGGUUGCAAACGAAAAGGCAAAGAAGACGUUUACUGAACAGUCAACGUCGGGUGGUCAGACUUCCGGAGGUCUGAGGCCUGGGAGCGGCGGCCGACUCGCAAAGAGUGGGUCUAAUAAAGCAAUUACGAACUCAAGGAUGAGGAGGCCGUCAGCAAUCCCAAAAGUUACAUCGAGAUUGACAAGACCGACAGCUAGUAGCUCUAGGAAAAUGUUUCGAUGA